AUUAUGAAGAUAUGUCGGGCUUAAAAGGAACUACUACCUCUGCUACAGGAAGCAUCGAAGUGUCUUUUGUAAAUAGAAAUGGUGGUCAGGUGCUUUUAUACGCCGGUCACCAGUAUUAUAAAAAGAAGAUUUUGAAGAAUGGAGUUACUAUUUAUGAGUGUAACCAAAGAAGGCAACGUUGUCGAGGAUCAGUAAGCGUUCUGAAUAAUGCUAUAAUUAAGGAAAAUGUACACUCACAUGCCCCUGAUUUUGCCAAAAAUAUGAUUGAUAAAAAAUUACAUGAAGUCAAACAAGUUGUUUCCAAAUCUCAAGCAUAUAAAAGUAUACCAACAAUUUACAAAGAAGCCUUAUCUUCUUUGAACGACGAUGGUCUGAAUUUAAUAAGAAAAAUUCCUAAAUUUAAAAAUGUUAAGACCUCCUUAUACAGAAAACGGAGUGACGCAAUGUAAAUGAAUAAAAUACAUUUCAAUAAACAAAUAAACGAGAAAUAAAAACA